AUGGACAUGUACGAUAGUUUUUAUGAAGGUUGCAGUUUAUUUAAAAACCCUAAGUUCGCGCCCAAGAAGGGCUCCAAGAAAACCGUCCCCAAGACCGCCGGCAAAGGAGGCAAGAAGCGCAGAAAGUCCAGGAAGGAGAGCUACGCUAUCUACGUGUACAAGGUCAUGAAACAGGUCCACCCUGAUACCGGGAUCUCCUCCAAGGCUAUGGGCAUCAUGAACUCCUUCGUCAACGACAUUUUCGAGCGUAUCGCUGGUGAGUCCUCUCGUCUGGCUCACUACAACAAGCGCUCCACCAUUACCUCCAGGGAGAUCCAGACCGCCGUGCGCCUGCUGCUUCCCGGUGAGCUGGCCAAGCACGCCGUGUCCGAGGGUACCAAGGCCGUCACCAAGUACACCAGCUCCAAGUAA